CAAGUUAAUCCGAUCUAAAAUAAAACAUCUGACACGAGAAGAGUGAUAAAUGUUCAGAGGCAAUUGAUUGAAUUUUGAUGGCUUCCAGAGCCACUGGAACGUUGAUUCUGGCGUGUCUCGUAUGGCUUUUCUGCCUCUGCGCCAUCAUUGCAUUCUUUCAGCUUAACUUGGUGGACAACGGAACAGUUGACAACAACCUCGUCACAACUCAGCAUCACCUCUCAGAUACCCCUUUGGAAGAGAAUUUGGAGGGUGUCACAAACAAGGUGUUUUUUGAUGUUCAGAUCGAUGGAAAAUCAGCGGGUCGCAUAGUCAUGGGACUUUUUGGGACUACAGUACCGAAAACUGUAGAAAACUUUCGAGCGCUUUGUACGGGAGAGAAAGGGGUAGGAAGAAGUGGGAAGCGUCUUCAUUAUAAAGGGAGCACAUUCCAUAGGAUUAUACCGAGCUUUAUGGUCCAAGGGGGUGAUUUCACCCGUGGUGAUGGAAGAGGUGGAGAAUCAAUCUAUGGUGAUAAGUUUGCUGAUGAAAACUUCAAGCUGAAGCAUACUGGGCCAGGAUACUUAUCCAUGGCAAAUUCUGGCGAAGACACCAAUGGUUCCCAGUUUUUCAUAACAACAGUUAAAACUAGCUGGCUGGAUGGACGCCAUGUUGUAUUUGGCAAGGUACUCUCCGGCAUGGAUGUUUUGUACAAGAUUGAAGCAGAAGGAAGUGAAACUGGCUCGCCCAAAAGCACGGUUGUCAUAUUAAACAGUGGAGAAUUAACUUCUUAACAUGGUUAUUUAGGUUCUGAUUGUUUCUACUACGAUAACUAGUCAGCUUUGGCCACUACCAUAAUUUACAAACUCUGUAUACUUUAUCAUUUAGUAAAUGAAUAAAGUUACAUAUCUUCGUGUAAUUUAAAGCUGUAUUUUUGUUAUUUUUCUUGUCUACACUAGUCUUGCUAGCAGGGAAGGAAUUUUAUUAGGUAUUGGUAACAUUUAGCAAUACACAUUGGGUGAAGAGUGCUAUCGUCUGAACUUCUCUUAAUUUUGUUGUAAUGAGUUCAAUAAAAAAAUUUAUUCAAGCG